AUGGAAGCAAUUACUAACAUUAAGGUUCUUGGUACAAGUACAAGUCCAUUCUCAAAUAGAGUUGAAAUAGCCCUUAACAUAAAGUCUCUAGACUAUGAAUUCAUUGUAGAGGAUAAUUUUAAUAAUAAAAGUGAACUUCUUCUUCAAUCCAACCCAAUCCAUAAGAAAAUCCCAAUUCUAAUACAUGGUGAUAAGGCCAUGUGUGAGUCCCUAGUCAUUCUCCAAUACAUUGAUGAGACAUGGCCAGAUGGCCUAUCUAUUCUUCCUUCUGAUCCCUAUGAUUGUGCCAUCGCCAGAUUUUGGGCCACCUAUGUUGAUAACAAGUGGUUCCCUUUGAUGUUGGAAAUAAGAGAGGCUAUGGGAAAGGAUGCAAAGAAAGUAGUGUUACAAAAUAUCAUAGAAGGGUUGGACCAACUAGAGGAGGCAUUUGUCAAGUGUAGCAAAGGGAAAGAUUUCUUUGGUGGAGACAAUAUUGGUUAUGUUGACAUUGUUUUGGGCUGCUUUUUAGGGUGGAUAAGGGGCAUGGAGAUGAUGUUGGGACUGAAUUUAGUAUAUGAAGCCCAAACACCAAGUUUGGCUAAAUGGGCGGAGAGGUUCUUGUCGGAAAAAGUUGUUAAAGAUGUCAUUUUAGAGCAUGGUGUUCUUGAUUUCCUUCUAUGAA